AUGUCGUCCCCCUACAGUGCACGCCCUGUCGAGAACCUUGGCCACGCCACGCACCCUGCCCUCCGUACGUCGUCGUUUUCCGCCUCAUCGCCACCGCUUGCUCAUUUUUUGGCGCACGCCACAGACCUCCGCGACGCCCGAGACGCACACGUCGUCUUUGAGGCUGUCCGCCUGGGCAUUUUGCCUCUUAUUACACGCCGCCUCACGGCCAGUGAGCGUGAACAGCUCACCUCAGGGAACGUCUUCGUGUGGGAAGAAGCGGAACACAAGCAAGUAGGCGGGCUCGAGAGGUGGACCGACGGACGGCGCUGGUCUCAGAGCCGCAUGCGCGGCGACUACCUCUUCUAUGAGGAAAAGAUCGAGACGACGCCAGAGGAGAAGGAGGCGAAGGCGGCACGUCGCGCGCGGCGGACGCUCGACCCCUUCGCGGCGCCCCCCGCUCCCAUUCGCCGCCAGGACAGACCCUCGAAGCCCGACGGUCUCACGAAGCAGACGUACUCGACGCACGUACACACACGGCGCGGAGAGCCGCCCCGCAAGUGGCACAUCGUGGCGUACUUCACGGGUGACGACUACACGCGCCUGCCCGUCGUCGAAAACUACGAAUACCUCCGCAACGUGCGCGUACCCGAGGGGAUCUUCACGUCCGCGAAGGGGAACAUCGCACGAUUUGGGCGCACCCUGGACGACUCUGACGAACAAGAGCCCACACACGCGGGUAGGGAUUGCCAGGACUGGAGCCCUGCCCCAUGGGCCAUCCCCUCUUCCCCUACCGCGCACGGACAACGCGGCGCGGAUCGUCCCUUGUCAUCCUCAUCAUCAUCGUCGUCGUCGACAGCCAUGCGAUCACCUCAGUAUUCCAUCGGGAGCCAUCGAUCGAACAACUCGGUCGGCGUGCUACCCCGUCUGGCGACCGUGGUACCGGCAUCACAUCUCACUCCGCCCACAUCCCCGAUGUAUCCCACGUCCCCAGGCGGUAUACCGAGCAGCUACAAACCUCUCACCUCCGAGGAUCGCCGCGCGCUCAACAGCUUCCGACUUGCGCUAUAA